GUCGAGGCGGAGAAGCGCGCCAAGGGCAAGAAGGGCAAGAAGAAGAAGAAGGGCGGCGGGGCGGGCGGGGCGGGGCCGUCGCAGGAGCCCGAGGAGGGUGCCGAGGCGCCGUCGGAGGCAGACGCAGCCGAGGCGGCGAAGAAGGCCGAGGAGGCGAGGCUUCUCCUGCUUCUCGAGACGCUCACCGAGGAGAGGAUCCGGUUCGGCAUCACGCCGGAGAGCCAGGCAGCGGCGUCGGCAGAGGUGGCCGAAGCUGCGCGCUUGGACGCUGCGGCGGACGAGGCGGAGGAGGAGGCGGAGGCGGAGGAGGCGGCCGAGGCGGCGGCCGAGGCGGCGGCCGAGGCGGCGGCCGAGGCGGCGAGCGAGGCGAGCGAGGAGGAGACGGCGGAGGGGCAGGCUGCGGCGCGCGAGGCCGAGGCGGCCGAGGCAGCGCGUUGGAGUGCGGAGGCGGAGGCGGCGGCGGAGGCCGCGGCGGAGGAAGAGGCUGCGCUGGCGGCGGAGGAGGCGGCGAUGGAUGCCGCAAUCGCCGCCGCCAAGGCGAGGCGCGCGUCGGUGGCGACGGCGAGGGCCAAGGCAGCGGCAGCCAGGAUGGCGGCGGAGGCGGCCCAGCGCUCAUAG